AUGAAGGCUAUUAAACUCUUAUCUUUUCUUGUUUUCUUUAGCUACAUUAAAUGUCAAACUCUUCAGACAAGUUUACUACAUGCAGUCAUGCAGAAUAUUAAGAGCCAGAAUUAUCUGAAGGAGAACUUAAGAGACAUCACUAGCAUUAUGGUUGCUCAGUUUCUUCAGAAAUCGACUUAUGAAGAAGUGCAAACUAUAGUUACAGAGUUGUUAGAUACUGUAGAACAGUGCAAGAGUCUUAAAUCACCCGAGUCACCUUUAGAAUGUGCUCACCAAUUGAUGACUACCUUCCUGGAGUAUAUUUGCAGCAACCAAGGAAUGGUGGAGAAACACAUGUUUACAGACUGUUGUACUACAAACAACACAGAAAGACUCGAGUGCUUCCUAUCCUAUAAAAAAGAUGACAUGGAUUAUAGGGAAAUAUUCCAAAUUCCAAAGCCUGAACAGAUCUGUGAAAUGGACAAAGAGAAUCAAAUGUCCAUGAAGGCAUGGUAUGGUUAUGAAAUUUCUAGAAGGCAUCCAUUCUUAUAUGGACCCACUAUCCUGACCAUGUCUGCUUGCUAUGAGACAGCUGUUCAGACAUGUUGUCAAGAAGAAAAUAAAACUGAAUGCCUGCAGAUAAAGCUAGAUCCCAUCAGAAAAUACAUUAAAGAGAUAUCUUUGAGACAUCAUCAUUUAUGUGAUAUCGGGAUUAAAUUCAACCACAAUGUAGCAAAAGCAGUAGAAUUGGUUCUACUUACUAAAAAGCAACCUAAAGCUAAUUUUUCUGAAAUUGCCAAACUUACCACAGAUAUUAAAAAUCUGCACAAGAUUUGUUGUGAGGGAAAUGCAGUGGCAUGUACACUGGGCAGGAGCCAGCUUAUGAACUAUACCUGCUCUAAACAGGUUACCCUAUCCAGCAAGACUACUCAGUGCUGUGAACAACCAGAGCCAUUCCGAGGGGAAUGCAUAAUCAACUUGGAAAAUGAUGACAAACCCAACCUUUCACCUCUGCCCCUCAGAAGGUUUACAGAAGACCAAUCUGUGUGCAAACAAUUCACUGGCAAGCAAGACAGCUUUCUAGAAGAGUUUCUCUAUGAAUAUUCAAGAAGACACUCAGAGUUGGCAGUUCCAGUGAUUUUAAGAGUGGAUACAAUAUACAGAAAUUUACUGGGGAAAUGCUGUACAUUAGAAAACCCUUGGGAAUGCUAUAGCCGUGGGAAUGAGAUGUUCCAAAGAGUGGUACGUGAAAGCCGUGACCGUGUAAAAAAUCACUGUGGUUUACAUGAGAAAUUAGGAGCUAGCAACUUUCAUGACAGGCUCAUAGUUCUUUACACUAAGAAAGCCCCACAACUCUCAGUUCAAGAGCUGGUUGUGUUCACAAAGAAGAUGGCAGAUGCUGCCACCAAAUGCUGUCCACUGAGAGAAGAGCAACAGUUUAUAUGUGUUGAGGACUCGGCAAAGCUAAUUCUUGGAGCUUUGUGCAGAAGACAUGAGGCUGAGCCCAUCAAUGCUGGUGUGGGGCACUGCUGUGACCACUCCUAUGCCUUCAGGAAGCCAUGCUUUGAUGAUCUGCAAGUGGAUGGUGCUUACCUUUCUCCAUCUUUAUCUUGUGACCAAGUCAUCAACCUUAAAGAAGACUUGUGCAAAGCUCAGGAGGAGGAACUCCAAAUUGCAAAGCAAAAGCUCCUCAGCAGCCUUGUGAAGCAGAACCCAUAUGCGACAGAGAUGCAGUUCCAAUCAAUCAUUGUGGAUUUUUUGCACCUGAUAGGAAUGUGCUGCCAUGCAGAGAAAAGUGAAAAGUGUCUUCAAGAAGAGUUUCUGAGGAUCAGGAAUCCAGGAGAGGCUGUACUGGAUUUUCUGGCUCAGGGUUUCUCACAAAGCUUUGGUCAAGAAUUAGACAGGGGGCUGGUGGCGUGGUUCAAGUGGUAG